AUGGAAGAACCAGAACUUGAGCCGACCCACCUCUACGUUCCUCCCAAUUCGGCCACAUCAGGCGGCGGCAUAUCGAUCAUCUCCCGCCUUGUUCCGCAAGCGCAAGCCCUAAUCGCACACCUCAAGGCCCUUGGUGGAAACCGCGGCGUCCAGAUCCUCGCGGCCUUAUCCGCCCUCUCUGACGUCCCUUUUGACUUCAGCGUGGUUAACUGCCAACCAUGCGUCGCGUGCUUCCGCUUCGACUCGGACCAGCUCUGCAUCCGUACCCCUCGGGGACCCUGUGCGUGGUGCUUGGGCAUCGGACACGAAUGCUACUUCCCCGACAGUUCGCUCCCUCUUCCACUAGAAGAGCCUGACAACGCCGCCCAACUCCUCGACAAGGUCAUCACUCGUGCUCUUGAGAACAUGCGCUCCGAGGCGCGAGAUUAUGCUUGGGCUCAUCUGCAACAACUCGUCCCCAUCCUCCCUGCGAUCGCGGACGACAUGGCUCACGACAUGAGUGAUGAAUCUGUCGAGGAGUGGGCACACGACUUUGAAAUGCGCAUGGCAGACUACAUCCCAACAAUAGUCCAGGACGCCCUGGAAAACCACGAGAAAAAGUACCGCACCACGCUCGGCCCGUACGCACUCGCCAUCGUGCGUGCGUUCAUGUGGAAGGGGGCAGAGAGUGUCGAUGAUCUGGAGCACGUUGUACAGGGUGUGGGAAACAGUUUCCGCCAAAUGUGGGAAGAGGACGGCCCGAAGCUCGUGCAGAUGCUUGCUCGGCAGGAUUUGGAGGAGACCCUUGAAGAGGAGUCGGACUGCGAAACGGAGUCGGACUUCGAAACCCUCACGAGCAUCUCCGAGGUAGUGGGGAACGAGAUGUCUGUUUCGGGACAAGAGGCCAUGCAGAAGCACAUAGCUAGUCUGCCUGGGAUUAAGGAAACCGCCGAAGAGACAGCGCUUUCUCAAGCCACAAUGACCCCAGGACUGGCGUGGUUGUGGGAGAGGGACAUCAUCCAGAAGAUCAAGCACAAGUUCAAGGAGCGGGUUCCUACAUUGGGUCUGGACCACGUCUCGUCUUGGACCGCCCAGGGAAGGGAGAGGACCGCCCUCCUCAUCCCCGCGAGCAAAGCAGGCCCGGUGACGACGCUUUCGUUUUUCAGUUCCCUGGUCCUGCAGGCUAAGGACUUGAUGGGCCUGUUGGGGGUACGAAACGACGAGUGCGACCACGACAUCUUCGCCGCCCUCCAAAUCCUCUCCGCUGCCCAAACCGACAGGACUAUGGUCGGCUUACACGAGCAAUGUACUCACUGCCGGAAUUCCGCCCAGUACUGCGUCCGCUCAAGCGUAGGCAAAUGCGCCCGAUGCCUUGCAUACCAGCACGACUGUUCCGACUACCAGAACGACCACGCCGACACAGUUUGCUGCGACGUCAUCAUGAAGGCCAUUGAGCAGUUAGGCGCGGGAACGAACGAAUACAUCGACGUCCGCAUUGCGUUCCUCGAAUCACGCUUCCCGUCUCUUGUGGCGCAGGUCGGUCGUAUGGCGCAGCAGACCAAGGAGAGCAUGCAGGCAAUGGAGGCAGCCAAGGAGAAGAUCCUGUAUCGCCUCCCUGCCAUCAAGUGUGGAGUUGCGACACUGGUGCUCGAAGAGCGUCCACACAGCCUCGCGAAGAAGUGGGAGAAGGACCACAUUUACCUCGUACUCAACCCCUGGGCCUGGCCGAUUCGCCAGGCCCUCUUAUCGGCGCCCUACGGCCACCUGGGCCUCGAUGCGUGGGGCAUGGGUGGCCGGACCAUUAGCGCGGCCGACGUGUCCGCCUUCACGGAUGAGCUGGAGAAGAAGUUGGUUGAGGACGCCAAGCGGGUCGCGCGCGACGGCGUUAAGGCGUGUGUUACCAUCCCUAUCCCCGCCAACAGGAUUGUCGCCGGAACGGGCGUGUGCGUCAUCUCGUUAUUGGCGCCACAGGCGACCCAACUCAUCGCCCUCUUCGGCCAGAGUCAACUACGCGAUCGUAACAUUCUUGAGGCCCUAAACACCCUGUCUAGUAUUGACAAGUGUCCAGGUAUGAUCAGGACAGCAAAGUAUCUGUGCAACCGCUGUUGCUCCGUUAAUGGGAUCUGCGUCCGUCCCAGUGGGGCAAAGUGUACGCUGUGUCUGGUCAACGGAAAAGAAUGUGUCGGAUACAAGCGGGACCCAGAAGACGUUCUUCUCGAAAAGGCGAUCGCGCAUGUCCAGAUUCUGAUGGAUGGCAAAAUUCUCGCCAUGCAACGCCUCGUGAUCAACCUUACCCCCCGUCUCGUUGACCUUCUUUGCCAAGCCAUGUCUCCUGUCGGAGGCCAUACCCACCCUAUUGGGUAUGUCGAGAAGGUGACGCGCCACCUUUUCGAAUCACUACGCGCCCACUUCCGCAAGGAGGUCAAGGAUGCAGUCCAUCGCCACAUCAUGCGAUAUUGCCUGGCAUCGUCCUUUCAGUCUUUGGCCUAUAUUCGCAAACGCAUCGAACAGGGCGUGAGUGGUAUUGAACAUCUUGGGCCUCUGGUCGAGCACAUUCGUUCAAAUAUUGGGCCUGCGUGCUACAAGGAGUGUGUGGAGAUGCAGACGUGGAUUGAGCCAUUCGCAAAGGAUUGGAUGGAGGGGUAUCGACGGUGUGAGCAAAUCAAACGCGGUGCCCGUCCCCAAGACGCGGACCCAGUCGUCGAGGCGGCCAUUUCGGACACAGGGGAACAGGCGGUGGGGGCUCCUGACACAACACUCGAGUCGCAGGUUCCAGGGGGAAUGAACCACUUGCAGAGCCAAGCGACGCAGAGAACCGACAUAGCGUAUGCAGAGAACAGCGAGGUAUCUCUCAACCAUACCGUCGUUCCUGCACCGGCUCAGAGCGGAGACAUGGACCAGGACCUAGCGGCGACGCUCAACAGCGCUCCCAACGCAGCGGAGCCAAGCACCGCCGCUGCCACCCAGAACUUCGGGGUCCAGGUCAGCGAAAACGACGCGCACGCUGUUCCCACUGCGGCCUCCAAGCCAGGCCAAAGCGGAGACGUUACCCAUGACUCAGCGACACCUCUGAAUCCCCCUUCCAACGCCAGGGAGCCAAGUCUUGCGCCCACCGAGAACGACGCGGCCCCGCAGGCGACCAACAUGGCCGCCGACACCGACCUCCCGCUCAAAGUCAAGAACGAGGUUCUGGCCGAGCUCCCAUCGCAAGAUGCCAAGGCGAUCCGCGACUUCCUGAACGGCCAGAUGGACAAGUGGGUGAAGGAUGCGCGGCGUGUCUUGGCCGCUCGCAUGUCGUUCAACUCUAUUCCUCAGUGGAGCGAGGAGCACCUGAAAGAGCAGGGCAUGAUGCGUGCGCAGGGGGCCGUCCAGCACUGGCGUAAGCUGCGCCGAGGGGGUUGA